AUGGCUUCUCAAUACGAAGUGAGGGAUGGCCCCCAGGUUCCCAUCAGAAAUACACCUCCUCAAUCUGUAGAAGAAGAAUUACAUGUGUCCAUGAGAAAAGUCAGAAAUACAGGAAUUGAUCCUUGGGAGGAAGAUAGGUUUACGUUCGAAGAUUCUGACAGAUUUGAAGAAGAUUCACUUUGCAGCUGGAGUACGGAGCCAGAAUCAUUGUGUAACAACUGGAGAGGAUGGAAAAAACCCACCAAUUUCGGAAACGUAUAUGCAUCAUACAAGCGAAUAACAGAAGUUAAUGACCAAAAACUAAUAAGUUUGUCAGAAUUAACUGCUAAAUGUGUUGCAUCUCACAUUCCGUUUGAACUAGUAGAAUAUGUUUACCCUCCAGUACCUGAGCAAUUACAACUUCGAAUAGCAUUCUGGAGUUUUCCAGACAAUGAGGAAGACAUAAGAUUGUAUUCGUGCUUAGCUAAUGGAAGUGCAGAUGAAUUUCAAAGAGGAGAAAGUAUGUUUCGAACAAAUGCAGUGCAAGAUCCAUUACAAAUUGGCUUUCACCUCAGUGCUUCAGUUAUACCACUAACUUACGUUGCGAGUAAUCGAAAGCAAUAUAAUGUAGCUGUGACUUUCGAUCGCCGAAGAAUUACAUCGUGUAAUUGCACGUGCAGUUCGGCAGCCUAUUGGUGUUCUCAUGUUGUAGCUGUAUGUUUAUAUAGAAUUAACUUUCCUGAUAAAGUAUGCCUUCGAGCCCCUGUUAGUGAAUCCUUAUCCCGUCUCAAGCGCGAACAAUUACAGAAAUUUGCACAGUAUUUAAUUAGUGAAUUGCCUCAACAAAUUCUGCCAACAGCUCAGAGAUUGUUAGAUGAAUUAUUAUCAAGUCAACCUUCUGCUAUUAAUUCUGUCUGUGGAGCUCCUGAUCCAACUGCUGGAGCUUCUGUUUCCGAUCAAACUUCUUGGUAUCUUGACCAAAAAACUCUUCAUGACAACAUUAAAAAAAUUCUGAUUAAAUUUUGUAUUCCUGCACCGAUUGUAUUCAGUGAUGUCAAUUGCUUGUCAACAACUGCUCCACCGGCUGCUGCAGAAUGGACAUCACUAUUACGACCUUUGCGUGGUAGGGAGCCUGAAGGAAUGUGGAAUUUACUUUCUAUUGUCAUGGAAAUGUUCAAAAGAAACGAUAGAAACGCGGUUCCACUUUUAGAAAUCAUCACAGAAGAAUGCAUGGCCUGCGAACAAAUUUUGGUUUGGUGGUAUACCACAUCUUGCAGCGGAGGAGGAAAGCACCUUGGAGGUAAUAGCAACGCACAUGCAAGUCAACAUGCUUGUUCAUCUCUAUGCGAUGAAAUUGUGGUUCUGUGGCGGCUUGCCGCUUUGAAUCCUGGUAUUUCUCCGGAAGAGAGACUUUUACUUGAGAAAAAAUUUACUGUAUGGCAUGCUAAAAUCAUUGAAAAGGUGGUUAAAUGUCGAGGAAAUAUUAUUAGCAGUAAUAAUUCUACAAAUGUUUUUCCUGGAUUUACGCCGGCUAUUCAAGCCUGCAGAUUGGAUUGGGUGGACUAUCCAAUACCUGGAAUUACUUACACUGUCGGUAGUAAUCAAUUGUAUCAUUGUCCCUUUACAUGUUUCAAGCACAACGAAGCAAACAUUAAUCAGGUAAACUCCUCUCAUGCUGUAUUAAAUUGUCAUCCGCAUUCUCAUUAUCAGUCACAUUUAUACGGAAAACGAAAAGUGAAAUUAGAUUUAUUAUCUAGAAUACAUAAUAGAGAGCAAAAACCUGAAUCUGAAAGGAAUGGCUACCGUAGCAGUUCGGAAGGGUUUUGUGAAAAUGAAGGCGAUGCGGAUUUACCGUCUCAUUCACAAACAGCAAACAAUGAACAAGAUGAUGCAGAUAGCCAAGAAGGUGGUGGUAGCGAUUCGGCUAGUUCUAGUGAUAACGGAGCACAUCAAAAUAAAAAUGGUAACAACGACGUACGAGCUGUAAAUGUAGAAAGCUACAAAAAAGUUCGAAGUUUUGUCAUGAAAGAAUCACAAAGUAGUGAAGAUAGUGAUAUGGGUGUGUUUACUAAUGGCGGGGGUGGCAACGAGAUUAAUUUUGAAAGACGGUGUAAAAAAAGUGAAGAAGGUGCCUCUAGCGAUGCUUGCAAGUCGCAACAAAACAAAUGUAAUAAGACUUUAAAUAUGCCUUUAUGUAACGUAAAUAACGAUGUAAAUAGUGACAAUUCGGGAAACAAGCAAAGAGAAUGCGAAAGUGAAGGAGAUUCACCUAGAAGAGCAUCAAACGAUAGUGUUACUAGCAAUUCUGAUUCGCAGCAAAGCGGUGAUGAAUACAACGUUUAUUAUUUUGCUAAAACUUCUAAUCAGAUAGAACCCGUUCCUCCUAGGGAUACGGGACAAGAUGUAGAAGAGACGGAAAAAGAAAAAUCUAAUGAAGAUCCGUGGGAUAUAUUAUUUGCUCGAUCUGAAGGAUUGCAUGCUCAUGGUCACGGAUUGGAAGCUUGCACUUUAGCUGUUCGACUGGCUCACGAAUUAUUGGCAAAUCCACCAAACUUACUUAUUGAACUGCCAUUAAUACCUGCAAAAGGAAAACGUCGAAAGGUUAAUCCGGCAUCUCACCAAAUCAGUUGCCUAGCUUCUGCCACCUUGGCAAAAUGUGCUUUUUUAUGUUCCGUUUUGGCAGAAGUUCCCGAUCAUUAUCAUCUUGCGUUUAGAGUUGGAAUGUUCGGUUUGGAAAUGGCGAGACCUCCAGCAAGUACAAAGCCUCUCGAGGUAAAACUCGCGAACCAAGAAGCCGACAUUGUAAAUCUUUUAAAAAGAAUUCCACUGGGUCCGCAAGAAUUGAAAAUAUUAAAAGAAAAAGCAGAACAACUUCGUGACGGAACUUUGAGUUCCAGAGGAGAAGCUCUAUUGCCUAUAAUGUUAGCAAGUUUCAUAUUUGAUGCCCUCGAGGGUAACCCAUCUCUUCGAGAAAACAAAUUGGAAAACAAAAAUCCAGCGGAUGAAGCUUUAGCAUUUGAGGCAGCCGUUGCUGCUUUGGGCUUAAAGGCAAACGUGUCAGAAGCUGAUCAUCCAUUGUUAUGUGAGGGUACUCGAAGGCAAAGAGGAGAUUUGGUUUUGACUUUGUUAAUGCAUUACAAAGACGAACCGAGUAAAUUAACUAGGAUCAUGGAAAAACUUUUGGAUCGAGAAGUUCACAACUUGAUAAAAACUCCUUUAUGCGGUUGGUAUUAUUCGACUUCAACACAUCCUAAAAUUCAUUCUAAAAGACUUGGUAUUGAUCAUGGUGGUGGAGAAGAUUCAGAAAAUUUGGCGGCUGCAUUUUUGUCUGGUUACGAACCCGUUACACAAGAUUUAACCUAUCCACUUGGAAGUAGGCCACAUUCCAGCACUAGUGCGGAACUUGAACAGGGAAUAGCUUCGAUAAGUUUAACGUCGACUCCACCGGCUCCAAUUCCUCGCGGUAAAGAUACUCCCAGAUACAAAGGUAAACGCAUGUAUCCAUCAAUUCCUAAUCAACCUUCAGAGGCAGGAGCACAUUUUAUGUUCGAAUUAGCGAAAACAGUUUUAAAUAAAGCUGGAGGAAACUCCAGUACUUCUCUUUUUACUCAGGCUUCAACAUCUCAACAACAUCACGGUCCUCAUCGUGCUCUUCAUUUUUGUGCAUUUCAAAUCGGAUUAUAUGCCCUGGGCCUACAUAAUUGUGUUUCUCCUAAUUGGCUAUCCAGAACUUAUUCUUCCCACGUCGGUUGGAUCACAGGUCAAGCCAUGGAUAUCGGUGCGCUUGCCAUUUCCUUUUUGAUUGAUACUUGGGAAGGACACUUAACGCCACCCGAAGCAGCAAGCAUUGCUGAUAGAGCCAGCAGAGCUCGAGAUAUAAACACAGUCAGAGCUGCUGCUGAACUGGCCUUGUCCUGUUUGCCUCAUGCUCACGCCCUGAAUCCUAAUGAAAUUCACAGAGCUAUCGUUCAAUGCAAAGAACAAAGUGAGGUAAUGUUAGAAAGAUCGUGUCUCACGGUAGAAAAUGCAGCAAAAGGUGGUGGAGUUUAUCCAGAAGUAUUAUUUCAAGUUGCAAAAUAUUGGUACGACUUGUAUUUGAGGCAUACACCAAAAGGAGAGCAAUCAGUGGAUGUGGAAGUUUUUUACGACCCAAUGUCUCUUCACUUUUCAUUGGAUCCUAAUGGCUCUGUCGUGGCUUUGGUUGAACCGCAGGAACUUCAACAAAAUCCUACCUUGCCUUCUCAGCUUCCUUCAACAGUAAAUUCGAAUAUGACGAUGAUGCCACAACCUCCUCAAGGUAGCGUGGUUAUGGCUACAGCUCCACCUCCAUUACUUCCUGUACCGUAUGCUGUCGCACCAUAUAGUUUCACUGUUCAUCCUUUACACCCAAUACCUCCACCUUCCCACCUUAGCUUAUAUCUAUCUCCUCCUCAAUAUCAAUAUCCAAACACUCCACCCGGACCAUUGCCACAACAGUAUUUCGUUCAGGGGAGUUCUCAAACGCCUUUGAGGCCCAUUGCUUAUCCAAUAACAACUAUGCAGCAAGUUGUACCUAAUCAAAAUCAAAUUCAAGUCGUUCAGCCUCAAAAUGUCAGCGUGACGUCAACGGCAAAUGUUGGUUUGCAGCCGUCUGGUCCAGUCGCAGUGCCUGUUUCUGCAAAUCAAUCUCUUCCUCCCAUCGUGCCUGAUAGAACUUUGCCUCAGCCGCAGGUUCAUCGCCAAGGACAAAAUCAGUAUUCAUCAGCGCAAUUCCGCUGUCUCUUUGCUGCUUACAGAGUGGGAAUGUUGGCACUGGAAACUCUUGCGAGACGCGUUCACGACGAUCGGCCUCAAGCGAAAUAUGCCAGGCAACCACCGUACGGAGAUGAUGUUAAAUGGUUAUUACAAAUCUCUAAAAAACUCGGUACACAAUAUCUUCACAAAUUUUGCGUUUACGUAGUCAAUUCCAUAGUUAGUCCGUUUAUAUUACACGAAGUCGCCAUAGAAGCAGCUCAUUAUUUAGCAAGGAAUAAUCCGUCUCUCAUUCUUCAACAUUUACGGUCUUCGCUCACGUUACUCGUUCAAAAAUGUCAACAAAUGUACAUUCAGUGCAUGCAUCACAAACUCUAUCAUCUUACCAACGGAGAGUACGAUGAUUUUGUAAAUGCCGUUUGUGCGGCAAGGGCUGCUUUUUUAAUAACACCCGAAGGAUCUCAACAAUUCAAAGAAUGGUUACAGUCUAUAAAACGAUCAAAAUCGUGUAAAAAAGAACUCUGGGCACAAAUCAAUGCUGCUUUACAAGCAAACAAUAAAUGA